UCUAUCCAGCCCCUCUGCCCUUCCAGCUACCUGAGUUACUUCCCUUAUGUUAUUAACCAUGAAGAAUACUUAGCUCAACAAUGGAUUCCUGCCUUAAAAAUAUGCCACAUCUUUUCAAGAUAAUUCUUAAUGAUACCAUUCAUGAUGAGAAGCUUGGUAUUCUAAGAAGAUUCGUGAGAAGGUACGGAAAUGAUCUCUCAACUCCGGUUGUCCUGAAAGUCCCUAGCGGUGCAAAAAUGGAAAGUAGAGCUUGUCAAACAUGAUGGCUAUACCAGCUAGCUUUGCCAAGAAAUAUUUUGCUAAGCAAUGUGAUAACGCCAUCCUCAGUACUGUGAAUGGGAAGACAUGGUCUGUUGUGUACAAUCAUGACUUGACCAAUGGAAAAGCAACAGCUAGAUUGGGUCAUGGCUGGAAACAAUUUGCAUCUGGAAAUCAUUUAAAAGUUGGUGAUGUUUGUGUAUUUGAACUAAUAAAUCGCACGAAAACUACAUUGAAUGUUGUCAUUUUUCGAUGUAAGAAGGAUUCAAAGAUUAAUCCAUCACUCGGAAACAGCAAGCAAUUGAAACAGGAAAAGAGUUCUCGCAACAGUAAAUUUAUGCAAAGGCAUUCAUAUUCAAAGGUUUCUGAAGCUGUUGAAGCUGCCAACAAAUUUACCUCCUUGAAUCCAUUCUUCAAAGUGAAUAUGCGACCUUACCAUCUGGUGCGCGGCUCUGUGAAUAUAGGGACACAGUUUCUCACGGAACUUACCAAGAAAAGGGAAGAGAAUGUAAUUUUACAGUUCGGAAGGAGACAGUAGCCUGUAAAAAUAAUAAUCUACCGUUCUCAUCGAGGUUGGUUCUCUGCAGGAUGGGCUUCAUUUGCAAAGGGAAACUCACUGCAAGCUGGAGAUGUUUGCAUAUUUGAGUUGGUUAACCAUAAAUUCUGUUGCUAAAAGUCUCCAUUUUCAGAAAUGUGAAGUAACUUGUUCAAUCCCAUCUUGGAUUUCUUCUUUAGAGGAUAUAUUCAUCAGUCGUUACCGAUGCAUCGCAACGAAAUAAUUUUUGCAGUGCUAUUUAAUUUGUUUUGUGUUGAGACUUGAGAACUUUCAACUUUAUUUUCUUCUCUUGUAUGGUUUGGCAGAAUUAUUGUCGAGGG